UGAUACUAUAACAACAUUGUUGGUUUGCGUUGAGUAGAUCUCAGAUGCAAAGAUGUAUGUAUAUAUAUACGAUGAAGUAGUUGAUUUCAGCUGAAGAAUAGAUUUGAUUAGUGUAGAAUGGCUUCUAGUGGAAUUUUACCAACAAAUUAUUAUCAACGAUAUGUAAAUGGUGUACCAAUGUUAGGACGUAAGACAUUAAGGUUUCGUAAAAAAUGUAUAAUUUUAUUAUUGGUUAUGGGUACUUUUGGUUUAAUUUUUUUAGGAUUUCUUUUUUUCUACCCCAAUUCGAAUACUAAUAGUAAAUCAAUCCAAACUGCCUAUAAACGUUUCGUCUUCACUGAAAGUUUCAGGGAAGCAAGGUCGGAUGAUGGUGUGGUUAUUAAUCCAAACCUUGUGAGACAUGGAAUUGUACAUAAUGUAGAAUUAGAUCCGCACAAAAUAGUAGACAAAGUUAAAUUGAAUCUGAAAAUACAAGAAGAUAUUCAAGAGGAAAGAAUUAAAAAUUACAUGGCUCUUGAAAAUGAAAAAGCACGAAAUAAGCCCGAUCAUGAUCUAGAAGUCAAAGCAAGUUACAAAAAGAAGACAGAAGAGCAUAAAAAUAUAAAAUCUGUAGACCAUCAUAAACAUGAAAAAAUAUCUUUACCACUUGAAAAAAAGUUAGAAGGAGAUAAUAGAAAAAAUGACUAUAAUGAGGAAAGAAGAAAUAAAGUUAGAGAAAUGAUGAAACAUGCCUGGGAUAAUUAUGUUCGUUAUGCAUGGGGCCAAAAUGAAUUAAGACCUAUUAGUAAAAGAGGUCACUCUGCUGGAAUAUUUGGAAAGACUGCUAUGGGAGCAACGAUAGUAGAUGGACUGGAUACAUUGUUCUUGAUGGGUUUAAAGGAGGAAUAUCAGAAGGGAAGAGACUGGGUGGCUAAGCAUCUGAAUUUUGAUCAAGGAUUUAGUGAGCAGUUUGUUGAGAUAUCUGUUUUUGAAACAAAUAUCAGAUUUGUUGGAGGUCUUUUAUCAUGCUUUGCAUUAACUGGAGAUGUGAUGUUUAAAGAUAAAGCAAACAAAAUUGCUCAAAAGCUUCUCCCUGUAUUUAACACUCCCACUGGAAUUCCUAAUGCCAUUAUCAAUUUGAAAACGGGUAUUAGCAAGAACUAUGCCUGGGCUUCCAGUUCCAGUUCUAUACUAGCAGAGAUUGGAAGUCUUCAUCUGGAAUUUGUAUAUUUAAGUGAAAUCACUGGCAACCCUGUGUACAAAGAAAAAGUUACAAAGAUUAGAGAAGUUCUGGCUAAGGUGGAAAAGCCUCAAGGUCUUUAUCCAAACUAUUUAAAUCCUAAAACUGGCAAAUGGGGUCAGCGCCAUGUUUCUAUUGGUGCUCUUGGUGACAGUUUCUAUGAAUACUUGUUGAAGGCUUGGAUACAAUCUGGUGGGAAAGAUCAGCAAGCAAGGCAGAUGUAUGAUGAAGCCAUUCAGGUAGUUGAAAAGAAGCUGCUACAAACAUCUAAAGGUGGCCUGAAGUAUUUUGCUGAUAUGAGAUAUGAAAGAUUAGAGCACAAGAUGGAUCAUCUUGCCUGUUUUUCUGGUGGAAUGUUAGCCUUAGGAUCGCAGUCACUCCCUGAUGACCAUAAAAAGCACUAUAUAGAAUUGGCUAAAGAUAUUGGGAACACUUGCCAUGAAUCUUACCAGAGGUCUGCUACCAAACUGGGCCCAGAGACCUUCCGAUUUAUAGAAGGUGUCGAGGCUAAAUCUGUGAAACAAAAUGAGAAGUAUUACAUUCAAAGACCAGAGACUGUUGAAACUUACUUUUACCUUUGGAGGUUUACACAUGAUCCUAAGUACCGUGAUUGGGGUUGGGAAGUUGUUGAGGCUAUUGAAAAGCACUGCCGGGUGGAAGGUGGUUACACAGGCCUGAAGAAUGUUUAUCUUCUGGAUGGACCAAAGGAUGAUGUUCAGCAGAGUUACUUCCUUGCUGAGACUCUAAAAUAUCUUUAUUUGCUGUUCUCAGAUGACAUUCUUCUACCACUGGAUGAGUGGGUGUUUAAUACAGAAGCACACCCUUUUCCAGUUAAGCACACAUAAAUGUCUUUUUUUCUUGUAAUAGCAUCAUUCUCCAUGGUUCUUCAACAUUGCAUCUAUUCUUAACUAGAACCUCUGACAUAACAUUCUGAUUAUUAAUAAAGAACUAUUAUUCUUACAGUAGUACUGACCACUGUGUGGACAAUUGUAUGUUCUAUUCCUCUUUGUUAGAGAUCUAAUUUGUACAUUAUAUUUUAAGGCAGAUGCAUCAGAAAUUGGUGUGUUGAUUGUGAGUUUUUUGGAUAAUGUUUCGCAUAUCAGCACUUUACUGUGUUAUUUUUCUCUUUGUUGGUAUCAGAUUUUUUGUCUUUAUGGAAGUGUUGUUAUAAAAUUGUUAAAAUUCUGUAUAUGUUUGGAGUCAGAACUGAUCAAGGACAGUCUAAAUUUAAGCCAAAUGAAUACCCAUUGUACAGAAAUAUGAAUUAUUAAGAUCAUGGUGCAAUUUUUGUAUAUUUUGUAUACCCCUAUUUUAACCCCCAAAAUUUCAUGAAAGAGUUUAUAUUGUGCCUCAUUUUGUUUUAAAAGAGAUCAUUUUAAGAAGGGAGGUACAUGACAGUGAAACUAUAUAUGCUUAAACACCAUUCCAUAUUUGAUAUAAAUCUUGUAAAAGGAAAAAAUUUUUUUCAUUGUCUUGAGAAAAGAAAUGAGUAAUAGUUUUUACCACAGUAUUAUGUGUCUUGUUGUCAUUGGCAUGAAAUUACUUAGGUUUUGGAUAUAUGGAUUGUUACUAUUAUAUUCACUCAAAGUAUUUAUUAAAAACAUUUUUAUUAGUUAAAUGUAGUUGUUCAAAGCUAACAAAAGAUUCAAAGCUGUAUGUUUUUGAUGAAAAUAAUUUGCCAAUACAAUAGUAACUAUUCAUUUAAGUGCUGCUUAAAAGCUCUGGGAGUUUGCCAAAUUACUGAUAUAAAAUGUGUAUUUUAAUUUUUGUUGACACUUGUUUAAAGUACACAAAACAUAUUACUCUACAGCUUCUGUAUGAUUCUUUUAUAAGAUCUUGUUUAAAUACUGUCCAGAAAUUCAUCAUCUCUGUAAAAAAUUAUCAAUCCAGUUUUACAUUUGACUAUGGAUAAAAUAGGAAGUACUCAAAUACCAAUUUUAAACUUUAAUGCUCUAAAUGAUCAUUGAGUUUGUUUUAGACCUGGUAUGGCUAGUUGGAAUACCUUAUGUAGUUAGUCUGAUUCUUAGGUUAAAGUCUUUGCUAUUUUUGAUGUGAUUAAUUAUGUAUUUGCUUAACUAGUCAGUGCAUACCUUUUUUUUUUUAUCUUGUGUGUGUUCAUAUUACUGAACGAUUGCAGUGGUAAGCUGUUUUAAAUCAUUUUGAAGAUCCUUGCUACAAGAAUGAGGAGCUAUGGUAAUUAUGGACAAUCACUUAAAUACCAUAUUUCUGAUAAGAUAUAUUUGUUUCUUUAGCUAUUUUAGGAUGUUAAAACUAAUCAUCAGCUUAUGUAAGUGUGAUUUGUUUGUGCUAAUCAUCUUGUAGUUUUCUUUGUUAAUAUUUAAACAUAUUUUUAUAUUCAAAGUACUUAAACAUUUAAGCUGUAACAAAACAUUUGCAGACAUACAAUAAUUUAAAUAUAAAAAGUUGCAUGGAGCUAAAAAGGCAGUAACUUGAUUUUAGCUUUUAGGGCUUUACUUCAAGUUUGCAUAAGAGAGAUCAUCCUGUGUUUUUAUUUGGAAAACAAUCAAAAGCUGUGUAAAGCAAUUUUCAAAAUGUUUGGAAAUUGUUUAAAAUCAUCUAACAAUUUCUUCAGUUUUCCCAUUUAAAUAUUAAUUCGUAUGACUACAUGAAUAACUACUCGUUGAAACAACAACUGUAUAUUCACUGCGUGUGUGUGUGUUUGUGUGUUACAAUAUUUUCUUUGUUAUUUAUAUUUGUUCCUUCUGGUAAAGAUAUAAAUAGCAAAUAUGAAGCAUGAACUAAAGAAAAUCAAUUAAAGUUUGAAUGAGCUUUUUUAAAGUGAUAUUUUCCAGUUGUGUCUACAUAGUAGCAGAUUUCCUUCUAUUGGGAGACUCCAGUUAUACAACUUAUAUUCUCCUUUUGUUACCAAUUUACUACUAUACUGUUACAGCUGUGUCUUUUCUUUUGGUUAUGAUUAUUUAUAUCUUAGCUUCUUUUGCUUGUAAUGGGCUACAGGUAUACUACUAAAUACAUAAGUUACUCCUUUUUUGUUGAAAGACUACAACUAGUCUACUCUUUUUCUUGUUGGUUACAACUAAAUUGCUUACAGUUCUUCUUGUGACAUUAUAGUUUUACCAUUUACACUUUCCCUUCUGUCAGGAUAUAACUAAAUAACCUACCAGGCUACAGCUAUAUCAGUGUGACACCUUUUUUUAUAACUUAUUCUGUCUCUUAUGUGUAUGUAUGCACUAUUCUAAGGUCUGCUUACAUAAGCAUUUCUAAUUAUAUUAAUGAUGCUAAAUUAUUCACUAACUUAAGUUUUACAAUACAGAGUACAUCUAUCAGACUCAAUAUUUUGUUAGAUUAAAGGCAUUCUCUGUUUUACUUAAAUUGAGCAUUUUUUUUUAGCAUUCAUUAUAAUUGGCAACUUUUGAUAUCUAGAUCAAGGGUCUCUGAGCUACAUCGUGUGCACAAUAUGUGUCAUUAGCAUGCAUGUUUCCAUAUCUGCAUAAUAGGAGUAACACUUAUACUGAUGAUAUUGAAAAAGUAGUUAUGUUUUUGUAUUGUUUGAUCUUCCAAGUGAACAGAGUUAGCUUAUAUGGA